AUGCUUGGAAGUUUACAAGAAGCUUACUGGGGUAGUGAUCAAGUUAAGGUGGUCAAGCUUCAGACAUUAAAGCGAGAGUUCGAAUAUUUGAAGAUGCAAGAAGCUGAAAGUAUAAGUGACUAUUGUGUAAGAGUUAGAGAUGUGGUCAAUAAAAUGGCUACACUUGGGGAAACUGUAAGUAAUGAAGUUUUGAUAAAAAAGGCCAAAGAUGAAGCCCUGGAUACAUUCGAGAAGUUCAAAGCCCUCGUAGAAAAUGAGAAAGGGGACAGCGAUUUGAUUCAAGAUGUAGUGAGGAAGGUAGUGAAAUUCUUACAGUCAGCUAAGGUUCAUUUAGAUACUCCGAAAUGCUUUGGUUUAGACUGGCGCGUGGAGCAUGUCAGGAGAUUGCUCAACUUAGCGGAACGUGAGAAGAAGAUUGUGAAAGUGGGUAUACAUGGGAUGCCCGGUAUUGGUAAAACCACUCUGGCCAAGGUUGUUUGCAAAGAAGUCUUCUACAGUCAGUUUGAAAUGCAUUGUUUUGUACUUAAUGUGGGAGAAAGAUGUCAGCUGGAAAAUGGGCUCGUAGAGCUGCAAAUCUAUAUGCUCCAAGAGGUUUCCCGAUUCAUGCCCAAAGAAGAUUCCCAAGUCGGAGUCGAAGUAGAACAUAUUGAUCGAGGUAAAUAUCUGCUACAAGAGUGUCUCAGGGGUAAGAGAGUUCUUCUCCUCCUUGAUGACAUUCAAAGUGUCGAGCAGCUGGAAGCUCUUGGGGGAAAUUUCACUGACUUCGGGGCAGGCAGUCGUUUGCUCAUUACAUCUCAGAAUCAACAAAUUCUAAAAGUGGCGAACGUUGAUGGAAUGUACGAGGUAAGGAUUCAAAUUCCACGCGUUCCCUAA